AUGCCGCCCCGCCAGUGGAUUGACAAGAAGAACGCGAGCACAUUCCAGCUCUUCCAUCGUUCUCAGAAUGACCCGCGCAUCAACGAUCCUGAAGCGGAAGACCGAGUUCUGCACCAAGUGAGCGGUCCCGCUCCUCCUCCUUCUGGGCCCUCGAAAACCUCCAAGCCCCUCAAAAAUCUCUCCGACCUCCAGUCCGAAUUUCAGAACAAUGCAAUUCGCCAGAACGAGGGCGAGGCCGCCAACCAUGGAAUCUACUACGACGACUCGCGGUACGACUACAUGCAGCAUUUGCGUGAACUAGGCACCGGUGGUGGUGAUGCCUACUUCGUGGAGGCUAAGCCAGAGAAGGGCAAGGCGAAGGGCAAGGGCAUGAAGCUGGAGGAUGCAUUGCGCCAGGUUUCCUUGGAUGAUUCGCAAAGCGCAUACGGUGGUAGUGAAUAUGGCGACAUGCGCUCUAACUUCACAUCAUACUCCCGGAAGCCGACAUACCAGGACCAGCAGAAUGUUCCUGAUGCGAUCGCUGGAUUCCAGCCCGACAUGGACCCGCGUCUUCGCGAGGCUCUCGAGGCUCUGGAAGACGACGCAUAUGUGGAUGAUGACGAUGAUGAUAUUUUCGGCGACCUGACUGCCAAUGCUGAGGAACUGGACCAGGGAGACUGGGAGGAUACAUUGUUUGAUCACGAGGAGGAGGAUGAAGGCUGGGAGUCGGAUGCGACUGAGAAGGCGCCUGUGCAGAGAGACAGCAGCGACGCCCAUAUUGAGGACGACGAUGUAUCAGAGUUGAACAAAGAUGUUCCACUAGGUGAACUGCCUGAGCACGAUCGUCCUGCUCCUGAUAUGCACCCCGCAAAUCAAGACUGGAUGCAAGAGUUCUCCAAGUUCAAGAAAGAUGCCAAAGCUGGCAAGGCUCCUGCACCGGCUGCUCCCACUAUCGCACCCUCCGAGCAGCAAACUGUUGCUUCCACUGCUUUCACAGUCGGCGGCACACCCAUUCGCCGCAAGAAGCGUAAGGGUGCCCUGACCAACCCCUCCGCUUACUCCAUGACAUCCUCUGCCUUGGCACGUACCGAGGGACACCGGCUCCUGGAUGACCGAUUCGACAAGGUUGAACAACUGUAUGCCCUGGAUGAGGAGGACGAGUAUGACGACAGCAUGUCUAUGAUCAGUGGUAUGACUGGUGCCACUGGAAUGACCGGUAUGACUGGUAUGUCUACUGCAUCGUCUGUUGCACCAAGUCUCGUCGACGGCAACGGAGAAGCGGUCUCGCGCAGUGACUUCCAUAACGUCAUGGAUGACUUCCUGUCCAACUGGGAUGACAACACCGGCUCUCAGGUCAAGCGCAAGGGAGUCAAGUACAAGCGUGGCAAGCACGGAAACGAGGCCAUUGGCAUUCGCAUGCUUGAUGAGGUGCGCUCCGGUCUUGGUCCAGCUCGGUUCUCGAGCAAGCCUAAGGGCGUCCCUGGAAAGGCUUAG